GCUGAUGAAAUGCAAUUAGUAAAUAUCUACUGAUCGUACAAUGUCCCAGGAAAGCAACCUCAAGCCGCAUCCAGCACCUGCUUGGCUCACUCCAAAGUAUGUGGAAGAAAAGCUGUGUAUCUAUUUCAAGGAUGACUCCCUCAGCCUAAAAAAUCUGCACAUCAAGCCGGCAAUUGGCAAUGGGGAGAACUACUCCAGUGUGAUGACUCGCAUCAAUGUAGAGUACACCGCUCAUGGUUCGAAGGAUAAGCUAUCCACUACGUUUCUGGUGAAGACCACAUUUGCCGACAAAGAUCCUGCUGCUUGCGUGCUCAUGAGCUAUGGCGUUUACACCAGGGAGAUGGACAUGUACGAGCGGAUCCUCCCAAGGCUGUCCGAUCUGGUAAGGAAUGAACUGGGCGACAAUCGGAAGUUAUUUGCGGGCACAGUGAAUGUGGAUCGUGCAAGGGACUCAAUUAUCUUCGAGGAUCUUUCGCUGGAGAAGUAUAAAGUGGCCUGUAGGCUGAACAAAUUGGACCUGGAGCACACUUACCUGGUUCUAGAGAAACUGGCCAGUUUCCAUGCCGCAGGAGCAGCUCUGGCUGAACGUCAGCCAAAGAUCUUUGCAGAUAACUAUGAUCUUGGAUUCUAUAACAAACACACCCGCGGGUAUGAGCCCAUAAUGAGGAACUUGCUGCAGGCCCUGUCCCGUUCUCUGGAAUUGGAUCAAGAUCUUAAAAAGCGUUAUCAAUGGAAGAUCGAUCGUUUGGUUGAUCGGGUAAUGGAUUAUGGUGAGCAAUCGACAACAAUCAAUCCUGAAGAUUUUGUGACUCUGGUUCAUGGAGAUUUGUGGACCACCAACAUCAUGUUCCAGUACGAUGCAGAAGGUCGUCCCUCGAAUGCCAUCUUCAUUGACUUCCAGUUCACCGUGUGGAACUCUCCGGCCAUCGAUCUGCACUACUUUUUUUUGACCUCAUUACAAGAGAACCUCCGUUUGGAAAAGCAACCUGAAUUUGUGCAGUUUUACUUCUAUAAGUUGGUGGAUGCCCUCAAGAAGAUCAAGUAUUCUGGCAGGAUUCCCAGUUUAUUUGAGUUUCAACAGCAAUUUCGAUCUAAGGCUUUUUAUGCUGCCUUUGCUUCGCUUAUUUUCGAGCCACCGAUGGUAUACAACGGCAAGGAGGAGGCGUCCAUGCAGCAGAUCCUGUCCUUAUCCGCCAAGGGAAUGCGAUUCAAGAACGAUCUCUACCAGUCAGAGGAAAUGAGAAGAAAGUUGCAUUACACGCUGCCAUUUCUUGAUCAUUUGGGAUUAUUAGAUGAGAUGUAGAUAAAACAAAGAAGAUAAAAUACAAAUUAAUUAAUUUG